AAAGAUUGUCACUGAUAAACUUUUCAGAACUUCAAGGCGACCUGAUUGAAUUCUACAGGAAAAGGUGUAGUUCAAUACCUCUCUCACCACUUCUUGAAGAAAUAGAGACACCUCUAGCUGGGUUCUACGUGAUGCCAGAUAUAGUCGCCGUAAAACAUAAGUCCCUUACUUGUCAUAAAGAGGAGAGAACUCCGAUGAAGACUUUGAAAGACCUGUUUUCAACCGGAAGUGCAUAUCAGCAAGAAAUUUAUCUAUCAGCUGAUACAGGCUUUGGAAAAACUGCUUUUUCAAAAUAUCUUGCAAUCACGUGGUGUCAAGCUCAUCGUCCAGACGAACAAUACGAUGUUAAUGAGUGUUUUAAGGAUAAUAAUUUAAAAGCUCUAUCUAAGUUUGAGUUCUUAUUUUUGGUUUUCUUAAGAGAUCAUACCUCUGUUUCUCACAUUGACGAUAUGAUUAGACAGCAAUUUUCGUUGCAUCUUCCUUCAUUGAAAUCACUAGAUGAAAAUUCAUGUAGAGCAAAACUAAAUGAAGUUUUACGUAGAGAAAAAUGCUUAAUUAUAUUGGACGGUCUUAAUGAAUGGACUCACCCUUAUUACAACUGCAACGAAGUAACAGAACAAAUCCCACAUCGGUGCGAACGUGACAAUUGCGUUAUCCUUACGACAACUCAACCGUGGAAGCUCGGAGUUUCAAAUCUCACAAAAAGUCAAAUAAACCAAAACGUAGAAUUGGCUCAAUUAAGUGAAGACUCUGUGCUAAAACUAGAAGAAAAUGCUAUAAGGGAAAUGAAAGGUGUCCAUGACGAUAGCGUACUGAAGAGUAAAACACAGGAUUUUAACGGAGUGAUACGUAAACUUGGCCUUGAGCACAUGCAAGUCAUUCCACUCCUCCUUAUGUACAUACUUAACCUAUGGUGUAACAACAUCCCUAUAGGAAAUUCAAUACAUGAGGUUUACACAAAUAUCGUUGAAUUUCUAUUAUCGAGAAUGUCAAAGAAACACCCGGAGUUUCAAUAUUCUCGUGAAUCGUCUGCCAGUGAAAUUCCAGAAUACUUGAAACGUCAUGAAUUUUGUAAAAGGUUUUACAGUCUUAUAACAUCAUUAGCAGAACUAGCUCACCAAACAUUAUUUAACAAAAACAGAGAAAAUACGUUUGUAUUUGAUAGAACGGUUGCUGAAAAAUAUCUCAAAGCAAACGACAUGACAUUAAGUCUUCUUUCAGGAAUAUUGUCAGAAAGUAGAAGUAAAACUUUACUCAAAGAAAUUAUCAAAGUAUCGUUUUCUCACAAAACAGUUCAAGAAUUCUUUGCUGCCAUAUUUAUUAGUUCUCAAAGUUACGAUCAGAAAAUUGUUCUAGAAAAAUGUAGAAGUAUUCAAGACAUUCUGGACAUGUCAAAACUCUUUGAAUUUAUAAGUGGAAUGAAUGCUGACCGGAUUUGUGCAAUAUCAAAUGAUUUGAUGUCUGUGAUAAAUGAAGACGAGAAAACACGCGACUAUAGAACUAGGACAGGUGACAAGAAAGUGCAAGAUACUCGAUUGCAUGACAUACAGAAAAUGUUCAUGUCGUGUUUACAACAAAUGCCUAACAGUGAAAAUAUUCUAUUAUGUAUACAGGAUUUCUUCAUUGACGGGAACACCGUGCACAGUAAGCAGUUACAACGGUUAUUAAAACAAAAUAAAACCAACAUAAAAUCACUUUAUAUAGACAUCAGCGAUACUUCCAGCAGUUUACGUGAAAUUAUAGUUUUAUUCUCUCUCACAGAUCUCAGUCAUAUACAGAAACUUCACUAUUGUGGUGACGUGGAGAAGGAGGCUGAGAUAAAUCGGAUUUUGUUUCCCAGUUUACAGGUCGUAACUUUGGAGCAUGUAACAUGGACAAAUGAAGAAGAAAGUUCAUUGUUUCUGUCAGGUGACAUGUUAUGUAUUGAACGUGUGAAGUUGGAGGAUAUAAACAUGUCUACAGGAGGUUUACAAAACUUUAUGACCGAGCUUCAAAAACUGCCCCAGUCAGUUACAGUAAAGAUGGCCGCCAUUAAGCCGAGAAGACAAUAUGACCGUGUUAUAGAAAAAAUUCGGAAAUCACCAACUUUUCAUGUGUUAGCAGACAACUAUUACCACUACUACUCUGACGAAGACGACAACAGGGAGUGGAAUUUUGAGUUCAAAACAAUAAAAAAUGAUUUGAGACAAUACUUGGAAAGAUUUUAUUCAGAGUCAGCAACGUUUUACAAUUUCUACAGCGAUUUAGAGGGAUCUCAAAAUGUAUCAUUAGAAAUCUGCCCGACGUUUAGAAAGUUAGAUAUCACUAACAAAGAAGUCACAGUCAUGAAUCAAAAUGAGUCAAUGACUGAAAGUCUGCAGAUGCAUAAAUACCCAUACAAUGACAUUCGGCGUUCUAAGCCGAUUCUUCUAUUGGCAGAAGACACAACAUCAUCAGCAAAUUUUAUUGUAAGCUCCUGGUUAAACUUUGGCGUAAACCACACUUUCUUCCCCAUGGACGUGAAUACUCUGGAAGGUGUUUUCUGGUUAAAAGUACGAUAUUUUGAUGAUGUUUCUGAUUUAAAAACAAUGUUGAAUAACCAAUUUGAAAUGAAAAAAAUGUAUUACAGUCAACAAAUUCUCAUUAUCUUUGAAUAUUUUGACAAAGAUCAUUUCAAAUUGAAAGCAAUUUAUGAUUUGGCCUGUUCCUGUAACUUAAAAACAUGCUCGUUUAUCAUUAUCACAAAUAUUGACAAACAGGUUGUAGAUGAUUUGAAACUAAAUAUUGAAGUUGUUCUCAUUGCUGCUGCAAUUAAUGCAUUGUAUGUGUAUAGUAAGCACUUGAAUGUGGUGAUAGAUGGACACGAAUUGAGCAGACGAAUCGAUCAAAUAGUAUCAGAGAAGAAAAGGGACGCAAUAACAAAAAUUUGUUUUGUGGAUAUUCAUCCGAUAAAUUCAACUGCAAAAAUAUGCGUUCCAGGAGAUAUAAAAGACAUAAGAUUUCACAGAUGCAGUCACAAAUUUCAGGUUAUACACUUUGCAAAUCAUUUAGAGAUAUCAGAACCUCCACGUUUUACGAAUCCUUUAACAGAAAACAUUUUUACGCCAAAUGUGACUACUCUUACUAUACAUUUUGAAUCACCAAGUCAUAUCUUUUACUACAAUGUAUAUGAGCAUUUUGCGUGUAACAUAUCUAAAGCAAAUCAUAUUGAGUUUUUACGUUUGUGUGACAUGAGUUUUGGAAAAAAAGUUAUUAACGUUCAACUUCAAAAGGAAGAGAUUGAACAAAUAAGGCGUUCUGUAGAGUCAAAAGGGGACUAUUGCCGUUUUGGAGCUCGCAUUUUAGGUCCGCGUCUAGGGAAAAUUACAUUUGACAAAGAAGAUAUUGAAAUUGAAAGAAGUAAUUCAUUCGUGAAACAAAUAAUGUUAGACUUGAUUUGCUAUGAACUUGUUAAAACACACAGUUCUGUAUCAGAAUGUUAUCCUUCAGAAAUGAACGAUGGGGCGAUUCUACUGAUUUGUUUCGUAAGCGAUGAAUUUCAGAUAGAUUCCUUCAACGGAUUCCAUCUUUUAAAAAGAUAUAAUAACAACAUCAGUAAAGAAUCACUGUUAGCAGGAAAUGCAUGCGACAUAGAAGAAAAUACAAUAGUUAAGGCAUUAGAAGACGAUUUUAAAGAUAUAAAUGAAACGCUGUCAUUCCACGCAGAAGCUCUCAUGACGUCUCAUAGAAAUUUAGAAGCGGUGAAAGUUAGUUUUGUCCAGCACAAAGACAUACAACUGGUACACUCAAAUUUGUGCAUAGUCUUAUAUUGUAAAGCCAAGGGGUAUAUUCCUUUUGGAGAUGUUUGUUUUCCUCGGACGCUGAAUAAUCCGUUGAAGAAAAAAUCAUUUAGAACUGAUGUUCGGGACGGAUUUUUCUCAACCUGCCAUUUUCGUUCAGGUCACAGUACCGGUUUCAACAAAAAACUAGCAUUAGGAAGUAGUAUCGGAGAAGUUGGUGGGAAUCUCGCUGCGACUUUAGGGCCAUUCGUUAAUAUUAAGGAAACAAACACAACCUGUUUUCUGACAGCUAGACAUGCAUUUGCUCCUCUUUCCAGAAGUAAUGAAAGCCUUAAGGGAGUAAAUGUCGUUCAGCCUGCUGAUGUUCAUUUAAUACCCGGUGCAGUUGGGUUGCCUAAUCGACACUGCGGAAUGGUAAUUGAGAGUCAGGAUGGGAAGCAGAUCGAUGCUAGUUUAGUUCAGAUAUCCCCUGAAAGAUUACCGACAAGUGGUCAAUUUAUACAGUUGACAAAAGAAGAUUUAGAUUUAGCAGGAUUAACGAAACAACCAAUAUACAACGACGGAAAGAUUCUUGAUGCAAAAACUUUAACAGUGAGAGAUCUAGCCAGGCAAAGUAUUAUCAAGAUUGGCUAUAGAACCUCUCUUACAAAAGGAACUCUGUUAACAACAGAUGGAUGUGUUAGGGAAACAGUGGAGUAUUCUCCAUUAGAAACAUUAUACAAUGGGAGUAGGGAAUCGUUUCCAAUAUGUAGCCAGAUAAUGGUUGACUCUUAUUACAAAAAAGUAUUCACCCAAGCUGGCGACUCUGGCUCUGGUGUGUUUUUGGUUGAUAAUAAAGAUAGUUUGCAUUGUAUUGGAAUGCUUAUUGGUGUAUGUAGAGAUAUGACAGCAGUUGUCACACCUAUCAAUAAUAUCUUGCAGAUUUUGGGCCAUAAAAUGGAUAAAACAUUGGAGUUAAAAAAGUUCAGAGAAACGGAAGAAAUGGACGAAUCUUAAACAUAUCUGUUGACAAGUUUAUGAAUUAAAACUUGCUUCUACUCAACUGUGAAUGAAUGUCUAUAAACUUGCUUGGUUUGAGUUUAACUCUUGACAUUAAGAGUUUUUCUUAUGUUUGAGUAAAUUUAUGUUUCCUGUUACCGACGUAAGAAAACUUUAGAUUUUUUCAAAGUAGCGUUGUUUGACCAUUUGUUAGUAAAUUGCAGGUCGAUGCACUUUUCCCCAGACUUUAAUUUGAGAAAAAUAUAUAUAUUUCAAUUUUCGGCUAUCAUGUGACACGACUUAGGUCUAAGUAUGGUGCCUGAUUUGGUACGCUUUUGUGCGUCGCGUGGGCGCUAGCGACAACACGACAAAGCUCCAAACGGCGCAUUGUCGCACUGUUGUAUUGUCGUCCUGUCUCUAGCGCGGCAUGCCAAACUGCGCGUUGUUGUGCGACAUGUUGUCGCGAUGUCACAUUGUCGCUCGGUUCAAAUUGAAGGAUUGGCUUAUAAGCCAAGUGACACGCGCCGCACGACAACGCGCCGUCUGGCGACAAUAUGACAGUUUGACGUUUUGUCGCUAGCGACAAAAGGAUAAGACAAAAGUCCGACAACGCGCCGUUUGGCACUUUGUUGUGUUGUCGCUAACGCCAAUUAGAUGCACAAAAGCGUACAAAAUCAGCCACCACACUAAGUGAUAUUGAUUCCUGAAUAGUAUACACUUAUCGUUAGGGUAAGUAGAUCGUAAUUUUAUGUGUUGAAAUGAUGCUGUAAAAUUGUAAAUAUCAUUACAUUGAAACCCAUUUCAAGGUUUUGUUAGUUUACUUAAACUAGAUAUGAAUGUGUCAGAAUGAAAAAAAUAUAUGCCUACCGGCAAAUAAUCUUAUCUACAAAUGUUAGAUUUCUUAAUCAAUUCCAAAUCAUAUCAGUUAUGCAUUAAUUGAAAUCUGCUGUUACAGACAUUUGUAGUAGCGUGUAUCAUAACAUAUCAUGCACGAUUAGACUGAGACUGCAAAAUAUUGAAUUUCGACGUGCCUUGUGAUCUGUCUUCAUUCUCAAAUAUAGCUGAAUGAUUUUUAGUUUACAUUACAAUUAAAUUAAUAGUGACGAAUAAUUCAUGUUGAUGAUUUGUACAAUACUCGGGAUUUACAGUUGUAUAUCUAGAGUUGUUCUAGAUGAAUGAAAUGAAAAUAAUCUUACUACAGCGUCUCAAUAAAGAAAAACAUGACUUAAUCAUAAGUUAUAGUCCUUAAAUCCCCGCCUGACAUACUUGCUUCACUGGAGCUUGCUAGGUAAACAAAAUUAUGAUGCAGAUCCAGGAGUUUUGCACAUACCAUUUUGGGUUUUAAAGGCAAAUUGGGCGAACAAAAUAUUUUUUGUUCUCAAACUGGGGAUGGGUAGGAAGGGGGAAUGUGAGAUAGCCUGAGAAAGCUCAGUCAGUAUUGCCCCCAUAUGGUAUUCUGAUUGUCCGGGGUUUGAUUUCAGUCAGACUGCACGGCUUCUCAACCUGUCAAAUGUGGCGCAAACUGUAGGGUCAUGGUAUAUAGCUAAGAAGUGUUCUUUAUACUCAUUAUAAAACUGUGGAGUUCAAUAUAUCAGGGAUGUCAAAGUAUAAACGUUCAAUAAUUAGGUAAAAUUAUGUGUAAGAAACCUUAUAGCUCAGUUGGUAAAGCUGCGGAAUGGUAUUCAAAGUGUCACAGUCUCCCAGGUUUGAGCCUUAGUCAGGCAACACAGUUACUGUUGGGAGCUAACAUGGGGCCAUGACUGUAUAUAACUUCAAGACAUUUCACUUUGUCAGUUUGUCAAUGCUUUAAGGGUAUAUUUUAACAAAGUGGGGGACUAUGAUAAUGUAUUGCGCAGAUCACAUAUUAGGAGAACACAUGUUUUAACCGUUUAGGCGGUAGAGAUGCGGUAUGGUAUUCAAAGGAUUUUGGGUUCAUACGGUAGUGCUAAUGAGACAUGGUAUUCUGACGGUCUUUUUUUUCUUUUGAGUCACAGCCAAGCUGCAUUUUUUUUCUCAAUCUAUGAUAUUAAUAAAUAUUUUCAGCUUGACUAAAUUUUUUAAUGAUUUUGCCUUUAGUCAACAUUAUGAAAUAUUUAAUUAUUGUCUAGUAUUGUUUGAUUUUAUAUUUUAGAACACAUUGUAACAGUACUUAAGUUGACCUUUUUUGUAUGAGUUGGAGUUUUAUACCAUCACCUUUUCCAACAGGGAACUGUAGCGGUAUAUAAAACUCCUAGUUAAUUAUGAGGUUAACUAGGUUACUAGGCACUAAAAGACAUGCAUGUAUUUCCCGUUAUGAACUUUUAUUUAUUGAAAAAAUUAACUAGUUACGUAACUAGUUAACCACAUAACAAACUAGUUAAUAACAAGUAGGUAAUCUAGUUAGUUAUAUGGUUAUCUGGUGGCAGAAAUAUGCCACCAUAGGAUGAUCUUUGUAUUUUUUCUUCCUUUUUCAAAAAGUUUAGUGUUAUGUUACUAUGACGUCAAAAGUCGCGUCAUUUUAUAAUUACUGUCGUUAAAAAAGGUUUUAUUUAUCUAUUAAUUGAUGCAUAGUUAUAUAUUUGAUAUGCUAUUAUUUGUUGUUGUAUAUAGUUUUAAUUUUCUUAUUUCUAUUUGAGAUAGUACAAAUUGAACACUAUGUAGUUCGAUGUUUAUACAAGAAUAAUGCUAAAUUAUAUACCAGCAGUAACACUUAGUCAUUAUCGCAUACUUAUGGUUUAUUUACUGUUAUUUUAAACUUGUUAAAAAUGUUUUACAUAAAUCAAACUACUGUAAUUUUUAACAGCAAUGUAAUAUCUUUGUACCCAUUAGUUAGUCUGAGUUAUAUCGUUGCUGAGGAAGACAUUUCAAGCAAACUAAGUUAUGAAUAUGUUAUGUUAUGUGCCCUGUGUGUUUAUUUACAAACUUGGUUAUAAAGAUGUUUUGUGUGUAACAGAUGCCAGGUGUUUCAAUAAAUUGUGCCCAUUUUGAGUUUAAUUUACAUUCGCCUAAAGCGGAGGCAACUUUUAGAAAUUUAGAAGAAAAAAAGCAUAAUGUUUGUUUUUGAAUUGAUUGGAACAUGUAAAUUUCAUAAAAAAUUAUUGCUAACUUGUAUUGCCUGUUUUCAUCUGAGCAUAUGAUACUUAUGGUGAACUUUUAGGAUCGUUAGUAGUCCAUUGUCUACCAUUAAUUUAAAUGACGCUUAAUAUUAAACUGUUCGGUCAACUUUGAUUAACUUUUCAUAGAAUAUUGCUUGCAUUUAGAUCUUCCAAAGUUGAUGAAAUUUACUGUCCGAUAUGACACCACCCCGGUUUCUAUAUUAUUUCUUUUAGGACCAUCUUCAAAGUUAGUCACCUCUUAAAGGUCAAGGCUAAGAGUUAAGAUAAUUUGUAUGUGGUAUUAUAUAUAAACUUUUAUUCAUUGUUCUGAACAGCAUUGGGUUUCAAUUGAGCGAUGUACUUUUAUUACUUUUUCUGAUUUCUAUUUGUAUACAUAUAUUGCUUUCCUAUUAGGAAUUUGUAUAAUGUUCAAUGAUUGAUAUUUUUCGUAUGUAGAAUGUAAUAAGAGGUAUUAACUUUAAACGUAAUACAUGUAUAUAUUAAUAAAAUCAUAAAGAUGAGCUUCAAUGGCCAAAAAUCAUAACUAUUUAUAUUUAAGAUUAAUUGGACAUUGUACUCUUUUAGGAGAAAAUAAUUUGAAAAGAAUUUGUUGGAUGUAUUAUAAUAAAACUAAAUAGAUAAACAUAACUAUCUCCUUGAGGAAGAGUGCUGUUCUGAAGAUUCUUUAGACUCGCUACUUUCUUAUUCAUAUGUUUGGAACUAUUGUAUGUCGUAUUUUUUCAUAUUUCGUUUAGUCCCGAGGUUAAUUUUAGUUAAGUAAUGCAGUUAAGAAUCUCAUUAAGUAAACUGAAGUGUAUAAGAAAGUUCUUUUUGCUUCUGGAAACAACCUUAUGCUCCUGAUUAUGGUUAGAGCACUAGUCCGACAAGUGAACCACGUGGCAACGCCGCCACCUUAAUUAUUUUAUUAUUUUUUCUUUGUAAUAUUGUUCAUAUUUUAUUUUUUCCCAUGACACAACUUGUACACAAUUGGAGAUAUUGACAUGAACUGUAUUCAGGGUAGAUAUAUCUUAUUGAGGAAUAUGCAGUAUACAACAUGCAUAAAGUUCUUUUGAUUGCAUAUUUUUAGUUAUUGUCCUUUGUAAUAUAGUUCAUACUAUUUUUUUGUGUGAAGAGCAUUCCUUUUAGUGGAUAUGAUCAUUGAUGUAUGAACAUAAAACUUCGAAAUAUCUUUCUGACAUAACGACAUACAAAUGUAUUUCAAGUAGCAGAGAAGCUGGUUUACUUUGUAAAAAUAUUUAAAAUAUUGUUAUUGUCAUAAAAAAUGUUAUUAUUAUAUGACAACAUGUAUGCUGGGUAAAUUUAAGAAAAGUUUUUUGUUUUCAAAAGUUGAUAAAAUGAUGUUUAAUGGCCAAUUUGAUAAUUGCAACAUCAUCUAUUUUCUUGUAAUUCAUGAGCAUAUAAUAAUAUUAUGUACAUUUAUAAAUACUUGUAAUUUAUUUUUGGUUUUAAAUUGAAAAUAAAUAAGAGAAAUAUAA